AUUGAGAAAAAAAAAAGCCAAAAGGCAAAGGAGGGAGUCUCAUCCAACACCACCCUAUGUCACAACCCUAAGGAGAGAAAAAAAUACAGGGUUUGAAUUCGAAAUCCAUGGCAGGGUGGUCGAUGAAAGAUGAUGGGUCUUCACUAGAUUGCGCAAAAACCCUAGAAAAGCCUGACCCUGCUGGUUCUUGGAUUGAUCUCGAGCCCUUUUCAAAAGUGUCUUUUUUGAAAUCUGAACCCCAUAAGGUUAGGUUCUGGUUUAACAAGUUUCUUGGGUCGUUUUUAAAAGAGAUUUAUGCCCAAGGUUGUUUUUUUCCACUUCCUCCAAUGCUUGGAGAUGGGCAGCCUGUAGAUUUGUUUAAGCUUUUCUUUGUUGUAAAAGAGAAAGGUGGAUGCGAUGCUGUUUCAGAAAGUGGGUUAUGGGAUUUGGUUGCUAAGGAAUCCGGGUUGGGUUCAAAUGUAGCAUCAUCGGUUAAGUUGGUUUAUGUUAAGUACUUAGUUUCAGUAGAGAGAUGGUUGGAGAGAAUUGUUCAAAGUGAGGACUCAAAGAGUGAAUCGAAUUAUAGUGGUCAUAUGAUGGAGUUGGGAGAAGAGCUCAAAGGGUUUUUGUUGGCAUCAAAGAAGAAAGUUUUGGAGUAUUCUCAAGUGGAAGAGAGUGUAGUAGCAGGAUCAGAAGGAGGUGAGAAAUGUGUAAAAGAUGAAGAAUCUAUGCAUAUUGAUUUAACAAAGAGGAUUUUGGAUUACAAGGAAGUUGAAAGAUUGCGGAAUGAUGAUGAUUUAAACAGUGUGGUGGUUGAUUCAGAUGGUGACAAAAAGUUUAUUUAUGUUGAUGAAAAUGAAGAUACACCUUCAGAUUUGGCGAAAAGUGUGGUCAACGCAUUGGAUGUUGAGCAAAUGUGUAAUGAGGAUGAGGUGAAGAGUGCAAUUAUGGAGGAUUGUGUUGAAUGUAAGACAUGCACAUUUAGUGAUAUUGAUGAUGAUGAUGAUGAUGAUGAUGUUGCAAUAUUGGAUUCAAAUGACAUUAAGGAAACAUUUUCAUCUCAUAAGAGAAAGCGGGAUUCUACAUGGGGAAUACUUAAUUGGGUUAAAGAGAUUGCAAAGGAUCCAUGUGAUCCGGCGGUUGGUUCAUUACCAGAGAGGUCAAAGUGGAAGUCUUAUGGGAGUGAGGAAGUCUGGAAGCAGGUUUUAUUGUUUCGAGAAGCUGCCUUUCAUGGAAAGGAUGAUCAUUCAAGUGCUGACCAGUCCAAUUGGCAGAAAAAUCAGAAGAUGCAUCCAUGCAUGUAUGAUGAUCACACUAAAUUUGGGUACAAUCUCAGAGAGAGGUUGAGUUGCACCAAGACGCUGCCGUUGGGGAGAAUGGCAUCAAAGGGACAGGAUUGUUCACAGUCCUCCUCAGGGAAUCGUAGUGACUUGGACAGUUCUAUGGUGGGGAUUGACAAACAGUUGCAUGGAACUUGUGACUCUACAACUCCAGGUUCAGCAUUCGACUAUAAUGUUGACAUUCACGUUCCUAUUGGGCCAUAUUUUCAAGUUGAGGUACCUGACUGGACAGGGGUAGCUUCAGAAAGUGAUGCAAAAUGGUUAGGGACUCGUGUUUGGCCAUUGGAAAAAAAGGAACACAGGUUUCUGAUUGAAAGGGAUCCGAUUGGAAAGGGAAGACAAGAUUCAUGUGGCUGCCCUAUUCAAAAUUCUCUACAAUGUGUAAAAUUUCAUGUUGCUGAGAAAAGAUUGAAAGUAAGGCUUGAGCUGGGUUCAGCUUUCAGCCAGUGGAAAUUUGAUAAGAUGGGUGAAGAGGUUGCACUUGCUUGGAAAGAGGAAGAACAGAAGACAUUUUCAUCUAUAGCCAAGUCAAAUCCUUCAUUACUAGAAAAAAGUUUCUGGGAUGACAUCUACAAGCAUUUCCCUAACAAAAGUAGGGAAGAACUUGUUUGCUAUUAUUACAAUGUCUUUCUUUUGCAGCGUAGAGCAUACCAGAAUAGGAUCACUCCAAGCAACAUUAACAGCGAUGAUGAUGAACCCGAAGCGGAAUCAAUUGCUAAAGGUAUCAGGCAUGAAGCAAUUAAGCCCUACACCUCCAUCUUAAUUUCCCCAAAGAAGUCACGUAUUUGACAAAUGAUGUUUCAAGGAUUCAAUUAAAAGAGAUAUUCCUCUUGGUGUGCCUUUGAGAAGUGAAAAUUUUAGUGGCCAAAGAUUUUGUUCUAAGGGGGUAAUUUGGAGGGAAGAAUUGAUCACACCUCUGAUCUCAAGUAGCAUUGGUGCAUUUGAAGUGUUAUUUGGUUCAUACUUUUCAGUUUUUGAGGUAUGUCAUGUACCAUUUGUCUAGUAACAUCAAUACAGGUAUUUCAUAUUUGGCAUCCUUUUCUUCAUUGAGUUUUUGACGGCAAAGCUGUGCCUUCUAACAUAGCAGCAAGGCAGUAGGUUAAAAGGAAAGAUUGUAGUCUAUAAGAAAUUCAUGAUGUAUCAUGCUUGUGUGGUUUUAGGUUUUUGAAUGUGAUACGAGAAGGGAUAUUUUUUGCCAAGGUAUUGUCUUUGACAAAGUUAAAAGUAGACCUGGUUAGUUUAGACCCAAUACAAUGGUAACAUUGUGACAAGAAAACGAUAUGAAAAAAAAAAUAUUAAAGUGACAUGGUUUUAUAAAAUUAUAUGGUUUGGGCAAAAAGAA